AUGAGCAAAAGAAGUGGUGCUGCUAUGGCUGUAAAUCUUAAUUCAAAGAAACCAAAGCACUGGUCGCUGGGUUUACUAGAAAGUAUGAAAGAUCCCGAAUGUAUUGUGAUAAAGUCAAAACAAGUUGUUGUUAUCAAAGAUAAAUAUCCCAAAGCCAAAAUUCACUACUUGGUGCUGCCUGAAGCUGAUAUUAAUAGUAUUUAUGCGUUAGAUAAGAGUCAUAUAAAACUUCUGGAGGAAUUUGGAGAAAUAUUUGAAGAGAUUAAAAAAGAUGAAAAACUGCCAUUAAAAGCCGGUUUCCACGCGGUUCCCAGUAUGCAAAGGCUACAUAUGCACAUCAUAAGCACAGAUAUGGUAUCGCCUUGUUUAAAAACAAAGCUGCAUUGGAAUAGCUUUACUACUAAGUUUUUUAGACCAUAUGCAGAUGUUUUAGAAGAAUUAAAAGAGAAAGGAUGUAUUACAAAAAUGGCACCAGAAUUAGUACUAAGUUUUAAAUCAAGUGAACUUCAAUGCAACCAAUGUUCAUACAAACCAAAAACAAUGCCACAACUUAAAGAACAUUUACUAACACAUAUAAAAAAGGAGAACAAUUGA